GUAGACUUAACGUGGAUUUACAGCAUGUCCGAUGCAAGUCACGUAGAGUGCUCAAAGAUCGCAGUGGUCUUAAGGCGCUGCCGGGAUGUGCAUGAAAUGCCCGACAGUUUUGCGUUCGACGUUAGUUCUACGUAUGUACGUCAUACUUUCACAUGCAAGCCCGGCCAGUCGCAUGUCAAACCACGUACCUGAACUGCCUUGGAAACAAGGUCCGUUCGUGCAGCACAAAGGUAUUUGAAUUGAAAAAAAAAAAGACUUGCAAGUUUCUCUGUCACCUCUCUCAUUAAGAUCCAGAUCUCGGAAUCGGAUGACAAUGUCCCUCAUUCAGUGGCUUCUUCUGGAGCCUCUAACCUACCUAUACCUGGCUCUUCAGGUCCUUCUCGAUAAAUUGCUUUCUCCACAGCCGCCUCCGCCCAAUGCUAAGCUGUCCAGACCAAAGAUUGCAGUCAUCGGGGCUGGCUUGACUGGCGUUUCAGCGGCAUCACAUUGUGUGGGACACGGGUUUGACACCGUUAUAUUUGAAGCCGGAGAUGAGAAAUCCGUGGGCGGAAUAUGGACGAAAGUGAACAACACAUCCGGGCUUCAAAUUCAUAGUCUGAUGUAUCGCUUUCACCCUUCUAUUAGAUGGAGAAAGGGAUACCCCGAUCGCGAACAGAUCGUUUCGCAAAUCCAGCAGCUGUGGCAACGCUACGGUCUCAAGGAGCGGACGAGGUUCAACACCAAAGUCACUAAGCUGUAUCAGGAUGACAAAAACCGGUGGAUUGUGAACGAUCCGAGCAACGGACGGUUCGACGGCGUCAUCGUCGCCGUGGGCACGUGCGGUGAGCCUAAGAUGGCUCACAUUCCAGGUCAAGAAAAGUUCAAGGGCGAGAUAUACCACUCGUCUGAGCUUGACGGUAAGGAUGCAAAGGGAAAGAAGGUAGUAAUCGUAGGCGGAGGCGCGAGCGCAGUGGAAGCCUUGGAAUUUGUUGCAUCAGCAAAUGCUGAGAAAGCGGUUGUUCUUGCUAGAUCCGAGAAAUGGAUCAUUCCGCGAAACCCCGUCAUCGAUGCUCUCCUCAGUAUGAACGUGUUUGGCGGUGAAACCCCCUUCAGCUGGAUCCCAGAGAGAUUGCUUCGAGUAUUUUUCUAUCGAGACCUCUCUGAUCUUUCGCCGCCCCCAGGCAGUAAGGGUAUCUUCACGGACACUCCGAUGGUCAACGACGACGUUUUAGAACUCGUGCGCUCGGGGAAAGCUGAGUGGCUACGCGGAGACGUCGAGAAGUUCACCGAAAACGGCAUCGUCUUCAACAAACGAGCGCAAGGCGUCCCAAAGGGUGGUCCCGGAAAGGAAAUGCUUGUAGAAGCAGACAUCGUGAUCAUGGCGACGGGCUACUCCCGGCCGAGCCUCCGCUUUCUGCCUGACGACUGUUUCGAGGACGGGUACGAGCCCCCGAACUGGUACAUGCAGGUGUUUCCACCCAAGCACGUCGAGAUUUGCGCAAACAACUGCACCUACGUCAACGCGAUCGGAACCGUCGGCAACUACCACAUUGGCAUUUACACCCGAUUUCUGCUCAUGUAUCUCGUUGAUCCAUUGGCCAGGCCAAGAGAGCCGCUGACGAAAUUUUGGAUCGACAUGGUCCGAUGGAUCAAGCGAAGAGCACCCGGUGGUGCAUUUGACUUCUUCACCUAUGGCGAAUUGCUUUGGUGGUUCUUUUCAACCCUUUUGCUCAAUCCAUUUCGUUGGAAAUGGGCGCUGUUCGUCAUAUUUGGCAUCGGUGAUGCCUUGCCCAUGAGCGUAGUCAGACAGGAGGACAAGUUACGCAAUGGAUUGUUCCACAAGUACUGACUCUCUGCAACUCUGCUCUGUUUGAAAAGGCUUCGAGCAUAAAGCGCGUUCGCAUGUACGAUUUAGAGAUAUACAGAAGCUAGGCAAUAGAAACUUUAUUUUACAUCUUGAAA